AUGGGUUAUUUACGAUUACUAUUCAAUUUUUUGUGUUCGAAAAUCGGCUCACUUAAUCUCUACAAUACAAAAUCAACAAAUCUAAUAAUUACUCGUCGUGAAAUUUUUUCAACUCGUCUUUUUCUUAUUACAUUUGCUAUUUCACUUUCUAUUAUUACCAUCUACAAUGCACUUACUAUACAUGUCAGAAUCGAAACUGUCAAACAACCUACACAGAUCGAAUACGAAAAACUAUACAAAAAAUAUUCAAAUACUCUACAAUGUUCAUGUACACAAAUUUCGAUACCUUAUGAUACUUUUCUUCAAGUAACACCAUUAUUUCAUCAAGUUUGUUCUAGUGAUUUUGUAUCUCAACAAUGGAUUGAUUUUACAUUUGACAAUAAUACUUCAACAAUGUGGCCGAUGGAUGUACGAACAAGUAUGAGUUCUAUGUGGCAACUACUUGCUGCACUUUGUAAUUAUGUGAAUGAUACUCUUAUCGAUGCACUCAAUGAAUUAACUCAUAGAUCAAUGAUUAGUUCAAUGUUACUUGCCGAAGAAGUAUUACAAACUGAGACUCAGGCUGUUGUUGAUUUGAUACGUCAGACAACUGCAUAUACUUCUGCACGAUCAUUUAUAGCCACGGAUAAAAUCACACAAGCAAGCGGACUCUUAACAGGUUUACUAACAAAUGCUAUCACCGAGCUGCCAGCUGAUGGUUGGACAACAUCAACGGUUCUUUUCACUGGUCAAACUCGAUACGUACAAUCAGGAUCGACAUCAAUUUGCUUUUGUCAAAGUGAUCGAUCAUGUCCCAUGCCUGGUAAUCUUUAUUUAUACAAAUCAUGGGAAACUUAUGGUUUAUACAAUCUUACAAUAAUCAUUGCAAAUGAAACACUUUCAGGCAUUGUUGUUGAUUGUUUACCAUUUCAAAUGAUGUUUGCUUCAUCAUUAGAAUGUUUCUAUAAUCAAUCAUGUUUAGAUAUUUUCUUGUCAGCAUAUUCGGAACGUAUCAAUGUUUCUAUAUUGAAUAAGACAAUAUCAAGUCGAUUUCUACCAGAAACUAAAAUUGAAUAUAUAGCCCAUGAUCUUUUUAUUGAACAAAUUAUUAAUAAAACAAUUUAUGAAUCAUACUAUCGUCAAUGCUUUCCAAUUUCAUGUACUUAUACAAUUUCAUGUCGAUCUAAUGUAAUCUAUAUUACGACAAAUAUAAUCGGUUUAAUCGGAGGACUUAGUGUUGCUUUACGUUUAAUCUGUCUAUAUUCGAUCAAUUUUCUAUCAAGUUUUUUUGAAAAACAAAUCUUACAAACAGAACCUAUACAAAUAGAAAGUAAGAUAAAAGGUCAUUGUAAUGAAUAUUAG